AUUUACGUAAGCACUUGGCACAGGAGGCUGUUUCAAUUUCCCGCAAAUAAUUCUCUUAUCUUUGUAAAUUCUCUGUAAUUUUCUACUUCUGCUUCUGAAAAGUCAGAUGCCGCACUCCGUUGAGCUUGUCGACACCAGAAGUCGACCGUCUUAUGAGGAAGACUAUACCAGCUCUUCCUCGUCGGAGUCGACACACAUGUCUAGAUUUCAGUCAAGACGUUCACAUUUCCUACUUCCUCCAAGUCCAGUUCCUUCCGGCCAUUCUUCAGUUGCUUCCAGUGCUUCUUCAACACCUAUUCCUUCACGCUCUGGUUCUCCUCUUCCCCAAUUUUUAGUCAAUUCUCGUCCAGUAUUAUCUACGACUUCCGACACAGACAGUGAUCCUACGACUGCGACACCGCUUAGAAAUAGAAACCUUUGGAGGCAGGAGAGACGGUCUUGGUGGCAAAUAUCACGCAGAAGUCGUAGAAGACAUGGCAGGACAUGGCGAUUUCUUAACCGAUGGGCAAAGAGGAUUGUUCGACAUCCGUUAUUUCCAAGACAGCCGAUUACUAUCGUUUUGUCUCUCAUUCUCCUCUCUCUAUUCGCUAUUCUCCUCACACUUUUCUUGAUCUACAUCCUCAAUCCCGACAAGGACCCGCUGCCUUGGAGAGCCUAUUGUUCGAUGCCCUCCAUGAACUCACCACCAGACCCUACCAAUCCUUCAUUAUACCACGAUCCUUUCCACAAUUAUUCUAUUGGAAUGAGUGCACCGUCAUUCCCUCACGACGAACUUGACACUCUGCCACCUGCAGGGUUAUUUGUUGGGGUAUUCUCUACAGACUCGGCCUUUGAACGUAGAGCCUUAGUGCGUUCUACUUGGGCAUCACAUCCUCGUAGUCGGGAAGGAGCUGGAGAUGGUGAUGACGGUGUAGGUACUUCUCGAACAAUAGUCCGAUUCAUCCUUGGGCAACCUCGCAAGGAUUGGGAGAGGCGGAUUCAGUUGGAGAUGGAAGAAUACCACGAUAUUAUCAUACUGCCUGUGGCUGAAAAUAUGAACGCAGGGAAAUCGCAUACUUAUUUCUCUUGGGCCUCCAUCAAUGCUUGGGUUCCACCUGUGUACAUGAAAACCCCUGUUCCACCUCCUCUUUUCUCUUACUCCAAUGCUUCGAAACCUCCUCCCCCGCUGGCUUCUCAUGACCCCAGCGAUGCAUGGCAAGAUCUUUCUUCUCCGCAGCCGCAAGCCUGGGUCCGACCCGAUUUCGUGGUAAAAGUUGAUGAUGAUGCAUUCGUCAUGCUUGCCGAACUUGAGGCUAGACUAAGGCUGGAAAUGCACGCCAAACCACCUGUAGAUGGCUCAUCCUCACCACGAAAUACCAUUCAUCGUCGUUCCGAUACACCACCACGACAUAAUAAUGGAUCCUAUCGAAAGUUGCUCAAUGUUCAGACGAACACGUAUUCCACCUUUCAAGAUCAGGAUCCACUUAUCUAUUGGGGGUAUUUAGUAACGAAUCGGCUACACCGGUUCAUGGCUGGCGAACUGUAUGCUCUCAGUUGGAGCUUGGUCGAUUGGGUAGCCAGAGAUCCUUCAGUUAAGGAAUUGACACGAGGUGCAGAGGAUAAACAAACAGCCAAAUGGAUGAAAAUGCAUCCUCAAGCUGAAAAGGUGCGGUGGAUUAGUGAACGAUGUUGGAUAUACGACCAUCCGAGAGCGGGGACUGUUUACGGCCAUGGUUUCCUUUUUCCCUCAGAAGUUCGCCGCGUCAGGAAAUCUAUGUCUUCAGCUUUAAAACAUUUACUCCAAUUCGCAGCCUCAUCCUCAUUACCUUCAUCUCUAUCUUGGGACACAGAAACGCAAGCUAUCGCUUUGCCAUCAUCAGAUUCUGAGCAGUUCGAUACAAACGAACUGCUCACCCCGUACGGACGUACCCCUGCCUCUUGGGCGCAAUCAAGUGUAUCAACCUUUCACGUUCGUUAUACCCCACCUGUUUCCGACCUCGGUACUUUGGAAAGUAUCGAAGCUCUGGUGGAAGGCAGUGAGAUGAGCUCAAUACAGCCGGAUACAACCUCUUCGUUAUCCACAAUCUCAACGCAAGAUGCUGUAUCUCGCGCUUGGGCAAAUCGUGAAGGUCGCAACGCACGUUAUGAAGGAAAACGGGUUGGAGGAACGAUUGUGGUUCAUUUCAUCAAACAAAAUACUUGGUUUUUGGAAACUGCUUUGGCGUUACUCGAGGGGGAGGAUUAUACCCAGGCAGAAUCUCAGAAACAGGAUAUUUUGGAGGAUUGCGACUCUGAUGAGACUCAAAAUAUCUUCGAUGGUCAACGGACUAUCGGUUCUUUGGAUUUGCCAUUCGCUACCUAUGCUGAAACAGUGAGGUAUGGGCGUCGGUAGCGAGUUGAUUUUGAUUGUCUACUUUCAUUCUCACUGGGAUACUUUCUGCACAUCGUCAUCUGCUUUCACACAAUCGAAGUAUCUUAUCCUUCCUCAUCUAUUGCUAUCAGUAAACCGCUACCCCUGUAAUACAACUUGCCGGCACUCACUUUCAUGUAGUUGAUGUUUUGUCUGUUUUUAUCCAUGGAAUUCUUUCUGUUACUGCUUUUCUAUCAAAUAUACGAAGUAGUCUCUUUCUUUGACAAUUACAUUUACACUCUUUUUCAAGCGAUAAAAAUAAACAUUAUUGUAACUGUAGAGACUUUUUCGGACGCUGGUAAUUUAUGUGAUUCAUACACACA